AGGCCGCCACAUUUAAUGUGGACGUAGCAUACGAAAUUAAUGACGGAAGUUUGGUUAUUAUAAGUGUUGAUUGCCAUUUUACGGUAGUUAUGCCACUGAACAGUUUAUAGGUAAGCUAAUAAACAGUGCACGCUUAGCUUUAGCAAGAAAUGUAAACCCAACGUGUGUGGCAGAGUGGCGUGAUAACGGGCCAGGUAUAUUAGGUACUACCAGUGCUACUCCGAUGAAAAUUAUAAUGUCGUGCUCUUCCAUCAGUGAACUUAACUGUAAUUUGCUGUGUAAUCGCCCUUGAAUGUCAAGCAGUAUCAUGCUCAUAUCAUACUGGGUCAAUCGAUCGUUGAAUUAAUCAAUGAAAUUACGGCGUGUUGAAAACAUUGAGCUCGAAAACGAUGUGAGGCAGACAUCUGUCUUCAUUCAGAAGUGAAGUUUGACAUGUUGCCAGCUUGUAAAGAAUGGAGUCGGCUUGGACCCAAGAUAUCGAUCUAGCGCUCAGCCCCGCCGUCACGCUAGACCAGUUAAUGCCUUCGAGCUGCGGCCGCGUUCAGCUGUGCUCCUUGGACGGCAUCGCUGGAGGUGCCGGAACGCCAAGCGCGAGCGCCCCGUCAUCUGGGGACAACCCCAACGCCAGCUAUCUGGACAAGCUUAUCAAGCGCCGUCUGAAUAGCGGAACUGGUACCACCAUCAGCGGUGCCUCUUGCUCGGUUCCCAGAAACUGCGGAGGAGGUCAUGACGACGGGAAGGGAGGAGAGAGAGCCAAGAGGUCGCUCGGUCUGUUGAACUGGGUCACACUUCUGGACGACAUAGGCCUAUCUUUCUUCCCGCCAAAGACGAGGCAACGCGCUGAAAACGCUGGUCUGUCUUGGGACGACUACUACCGCUACGACAGCAUCCUACAGUUCGCCAAGAACUUGUCUGCCCAGAGCAGCAACGCGGGAUUCAUCCAGAUCGGGAGAUCUUUCGAGCAGCGUGAUCUCUUCGCUCUCGUCUUUGCCACGAAACCUGAUUUCUUAGUUCAAAAAUACAAGAAGAAGGUCGACGUGGCGGGCGGCCUGUUGACUGCGGCUGGUUCCCGGUCCAGAAAGUUCAAAAAAUGGCAGCCGUCCAGCGGUAAAGACUCGGCGAGGAAGAAGAAGAAGAACUAUGGAAAACACUCGGGAUUCGGAAGUACACAGAACGAAAUCGUGAAAAAGAAAGGCGGCAAGAAGAAGAACAAGAAGCCUUUGAUAUUCAUUGAGGCGGGUAUUCACGCCCGGGAGUGGCUCAGCCCGGCCAUAGCCACUUACGUAGCCAACCAGCUGGCGGCAGCAGGCAAUUCCUUCCUGAAGCUGGUAUCCGUCGUCCUCGUGCCCCUGGGCAAUCCCGACGGGUACGAAUACACCCACACGUACGACAGAAUGUGGCGGAAGAGCAGGAGGACUUACAACGGCACCUACUGCGUCGGCGUCGACCUGAACAGGAACUACGACAUUUUCUGGGGGGACCUGGACGGCGCCAGCACCGACCCUUGUUCAGAGCAGUACUGUGGGGAGGGGGCGUUCUCCGAGCCAGAAACGGCCGCCCUAAGGGACUUGGCGGCGGUUUUCCUGAAGGACACGAAGAUCUACCUGAGUCUUCACAGUUAUGGACAGCUAGUGCUGUACCCUUGGGGUUACACGCACGCCCGGCCGCCAAAGUUUAUGACGGUGAAGAAGAUGGGUCAGAAGCUCCUGAAGGCUCUAAACAAACAUAGCAACUUCAACUUCGAGGGCGGACAAAGCUCGACGAUAUUGUACAAAUCGUCCGGGACGUCCUCCGAUUACAUGUACAGCAAAGGCGUCCCUUACUCCUACACCAUCGAGCUGCCCAACAGAUCGUCCUUUCAGUUCAUGCCCGAGGCGGUCCAGCGGGCGGCGGAGGGGUUUUGGGCGUCCUUCGUGUGCUUCGUGGGGGAGAUCGUCAAGACCCGCAGGGCGAGGUCCUUCUGCCAAAAGCGCAUCGUGACAGUACUCACGGAAAAUAACGUCACCGUGAGCGGUUGGGUCAAGAAGAAGAUUUCUCAGGCCCUCGCCGAAAAAAUUGUUUUAGAAAUGCACAGCGCGAAGCUUAAAAAAGAUCAGAAAUUGUAUAUGCCCGAAAAACUAUAGUAGAAGUCAUCGCAGGUUGACUUUGUUUUGUAUUUAAAAAAAUGUCAGCCUCCGUCAGUGGCUUAGGUGUAAAUUAUCCAGUGUUCCCAGUCAACUGCAGUUCAUUCAGCUUGUGUUACUGAAGCUUAACUGUAAGUGAUGCCAGUGUUCCCAGCUGUAGUUCACUGAGCUUCUCUAACUGAAGCCUCACUGUAAAUGAUCCCAGUGUUCCCAGCUGCAGUUCAUUCAUCUUCUCUUACUGAAGCUUCACUGUAAAUAAUCUCACCGCUCCCAGCUGCAGUUCCUAGAAAGUAUUGUCAUUCUUAGUUAAAUCACAGCUGUAGUGCAAUACAACGCAAAUGAAACGCCGGUGCCAUUUCACCAUGACAACUUGAAGUCUUCCAGAGACCCAGUCCUCAUCUAGAAGAGCCUCCUGGAAAGGAUGUGGCUUGAUUCUUUCGUCAGUUCUAGCAGGUCUACAAGUAAGAGACCAGAGUCGUUCAUAUCUCCUAAACUUCAGUUAUAAGAGCAUCAAGAAAGUGGUUUGAAGUUUUCUUAAAUGUUUAUUUUUUUUAAGCUGGAACAAGCAACAUACAAAAAGCCGUCAAAACGUUUAGAUUACUGUGAAUAAUUGCUCAGAAAUCACUGAUAUUGCCUGCAGAGUUCUUCAAGCAAUCGUCUGUAACAUCCAAGAAUAAAUAGUACCACCUGAACAAGUUUCAACCAAGUAAUUUGCAUCUUUCAUAGAGCAUUACCUCCAUUGGAAAAGCUUCAAAUAAUUAUUUUGCAUCUCCCAUGGUUUAUUUUCUCCGCCAUGAAAAGCUUCAAGCAGUUAUUGUGCAUCCUCCAUGAAUCUCUGGUACCGUCAGGGAAAUUGAUGGAUUGUUCUAAAGGGUCCACAAUAAUACAAAGUGUAAAAAGUCCGUGUAUAAUUUUGAAGAUUUUACAGAAAGCUUUCGAACCCUUCCCUGGGUUCAUCUUCAGUCCAAAUCAUUCAGCUUGUAGUGCAAUACAACGCAAAUUUGGACUGAUGAUGAACCCAGGGAAGGGUUUGAAAGCUUUCUGUAAAAUCUUCAAGAUUUAUACACGGACUUUUUACACUUUGUAUUAUUGUGGACCCUUUAGAACAUUAUAUAUACUCUCGUGAUAGAGAGUUUUUCCCUACUAAAAUUGAUGGAUUAUUGAUCCCACCUGAGGAAGCCUUCAACCAUGUAGUUUGCUUCCUCACUGCAUCAUUGGAACCAACAAGAAAAGCUUAAAUCGCUAAGGCACUUCAUUGCAUGGUUCGCUGUUCAUUUGUACUAUAGUAGAUUCACAUCAACCGUGUACUAUAGUAGAUUCACAUCAACUCGUCCCUUACGACGCUCCUGAUUGGCUGUUGAUAAGCCAAUCACAGGGCUGGAAACUCUCAGUCUAUACAGAAAGCUCACAUUGGCAGGAUAUAUGUUCCACCUCUCCUGAGGGACACGUCUCGCAAAAGUAUCCCUCAGGAGAGUUGGAACAUGCAUCCUGCCUAUGUGAACUGUAUGGAGAGACUGAGAGUUUCCAUCCCUGUGAUUGGCUUAUCAACAGCCAAUCAGGAGCGUCGUAAGGGUCGGGCCUAGACAUCAGAUGCACGGUUGAUGUUAAUCUACUAUAGCUAUAAGGAAUUCAAGCCAGGACUGUCAUUCUUUGGAGAAUGAUUACACCCAUCUUCAAAAGCUUGAGGCAAAGGCAGAAUAUUUCAGUGAUUCUCAGUUAUUAGCAGGUAGAAUGGUGAUAGUGGGCAAUGCCUCUAGAAAAAAGUAUGUCAAAGAUCCUGAAACGUUUGUGAAUAUAUAUUACCAACUGGAAAAGCUUCAGAGAUGCUGAAUUAAUGAUUUAAUUUCUGGGCUUUCUAUUGCAUGGAUUAUGUUUUUCAGUGGUCCAGUACGCCAGCUGGAAUCCGAGAUGCCAGAGAACCUAAUAAAUCUAUCAUCACCAACUGGAACGCCUAAAGAUAUUACCAUUCUGGAAUUUAUAUUUUCCGUAUUCCAUCACAGAAUCUGGAACAUAUAUUUCCCGCUUUCCAGCACACAAUAUGGAACUUAUAUUUUCCAUUUUCCAGCACAGAAUCUGAAACUUAUAUUUUCCGUAUUCCAGCACAGAAUCUGGAACCUAUAUUUUCCGUUUUCCAGGACAGAAUCUGGAACUGAAAUUUUCCGUUUUCCAGCACAGAAUCUGGAACUUAUAUUUUCCGUUUUCCAGCGCAUAGUCUGGAACAUCUUUGAACCGCAACAAACACGCAGUGUAUGAUAUUUCCCUUGUGAUAUUUCCUGUAAUGUACUAACAGUUAAUUUAGUGAUCGUCUGUGAACAAAGGACUUUGUUUGUAGUUUCGAAACGCCGUCAAAACAAUCUGUAUAUAAAUAGAGAGAGACACGUGGAUGUAAACACGUACGUAUUGCUUUGAAAUUUAUUUAUACCGUUGUGGAAAGUGUAUUUCUGUUAUCUACCUAACUGGCGAUCUAUCUUAUCUGGAUAGAUAGGUAGUUGCGUACAUACAUACAUACAUACAUACAUUAAUUUUUGUCACACAUCGUGACAUUUUGUUACAGUCACGAAACAGUUAUAGUAGAUUCGCAUCACCGGUGCAUCUGAUGUCUAGGCCAGUCCCUUACGACGCUCCUGAUUGGCUGUUGAUAAGCCAAUCACAGGGCUGGAAACUCUCAGUCUCUCUCGAGAGUUCACAUAGUCGGGAUGUAUGUUCCACCUCUCCUGAGGGAUACGUCUUUCAAAAGCAUCCCUCAGGAGAGGUGGAACAUACAUCCGGCCUAUAUGAACUCUCGAGAGAGACCGGGAGUUUCCAACCAGCCCUGUGAUUGGCUUAUCAACAGUCAGUCAGGAGCGUCGUAAGGGACUGGCCUAGACAUCAAAUGCACGGCUGAUGUGAAUCUGCUAUAGCUGCAAAUGUCGUUUAAUAUCAAAUUCACUCAGCCUCGGAUUAAACACCAAAGGGGGAUUUAUAUUCGUAAGGAUAAGUGAUCCGUCACUUCCGAAUUCUAAGCGCUUCAGUGGCGUGGUUGGUAUGGAGUUGGCGUCCCACCUCGGUGGUCGCGGGUUCGAUUCUCGGCCAUUCCUUUGGGGAGUGAGAGAUGUGUAUUUCUGGUGAUAGAAGUUCACUCUCGACGUGGUUCGGAAGUUACGUAAAGCCCUUGGUCCCGUUGCUGAAUAACCACUGGUUCCAUGCAACGUAAAAGCACCAUACAAACUUCCGAAUUCUCUACUGGAUUUAUUUCGAGGUAGAGUGACUCAAAUACAUCACGUGAGAUCAUCAGAUAUUGUACAAUAUUUCGAGUGAAAUCAUUAAAGUGUAACCGUGUAGAUUAAAACUGAUGUUUACUGUAGUUAUGUCUAUCCACUACGUGUUUUCGUUUCCCAAUAAAAUUACGACUG